AUGGCGCGCGACGACGAAACAAGUGCACUUGAAUUGCAUAUAAAAGUAAACGGGCAAAAUUUAUCAGCGAUCACGGAGAAACGUAAUAUUGGCACAUUACGUAAAAUUUUUAUUCAAUAUCUUACCAACAAUAUUCUCGAUAUUAGACCUCCUUCCGAUCUGUCUUGGCCUAAAAUACCUCUACGUCGUUUAAACGAUGACACCGAUGAUAUUAUCGAACCUCCGUGUGUUGUUACUCUGAUAGGCACUCCUAGAAAAGGUCGUAGUAUAGUGCGAGCUGUUACAUGUCAGCAUACCAGACCGAGAUUGAGCCAAAAAUACGAAGGACCCACGCAUAUACCGAAAAGAUUGCCCGGUUCUAUCGAUCCACGUUUUAAAAGACAGAUAUUGCGACAGAAGGCCGAGAAACCAGAUGAAUCUUGUGACACGAAGAAUGGCAAACAAACGCCAGAAAUUAAUAUGCAUGUUCUACAAGAAGUUAAGAAGCCUGAGGAUAGAUUACAAGGAGUGAUUGAAACUGCGGAUGAUUACACAUGUAAUAAUGCAGAUAAAUUAUUAGAAAGCAUCACAAAAAAAGAGACCACUGAUUGUCUCACUACAAAACAAUUUAUUUCGGAAGGCGAUCAUUGUAAAACGGCCUCGCAAUACGUUACUAACGAGCGACGCGAUAUCGAAGAUAGAUUUCCUCAAAAAGAAGAAACUGGAAGGCCACUGCUUUUAAUGGCCGAUGAAAAAAAGAUACACGCCCUGCCUAUUAACGCUCUUAAUAUAGAAGCUGCCGCUUCUUCGAACGUGCAGCCGUUGCAACGUUAUAGCGUGCAAAUUCCUGUGGUUGCCUAUCAUAAUGUACCUUUACAAAUAUCAAAUAUGCCAAAGCAAACGCAAGAGGGUAUUAAAAUCGAAUGUCAAAGCAAUAGCGUGAAAGAUCGAGAAUUUGUCGGAAAUAUUUACGAUCCGGUAUCAACGUUGGCCAAUUCGACUUAUGACUCCAAAGAAUCUGAAAAUGAGAAGUGUCCAUUUAAUGGCAUUCGAGAAUAUAAUGCAAAGAACGGUAAUAAUAUUUCGGGGGACAAAAGUAUCUCCUGUUGUGAAACAUCCGAUUCGAUACACGAUAAGGAAAACGUUAAUUCAAGUGUAUCACUGAAUCCUGUAAAUGAGAAUACUGUAAACGAGACUUUGCUCGAUAAAAACCAUCGUGAAAAGUUUAAUAUGAUAGAUAACGCAGACAAUACGAAAGAUGGCGAAAGUUUCUCGAGCAUGACUACGGCUAGGAAAUUGAAAACUCUCGCUGAACAAAGAUGCAAUACAGAUAACUCGUGUAUCGCGGACAGGUACGGAAUCGAGCGGAAAACAUUGAGCGAAACAAGAAUAGUAAAGAAUUCGCUGCGAGAACAUAAACUCGUGUAUCAUGAAAAAGAUAGCCGAGUCGAUUUAGGCGAAUCCCUGAUAAACGUAAUAAAUAAUAAAAUGUUGAAGAAAGAUGCAUUUAACGAGAUUAAAGAUAAAGAAUGUGAUAACGAGAAUAAAGAAAAACACGGGGAACUGCGCGUUAACGUAAAACGUAAAACUGCGCCGAUAAAUCUAUCGCGAAAGGCCAAGUCAUUCUUUCGGAAGAAAUCCCGUUUGGCGAUCACAGAUUCCGAUUGCACCCUGAUACUGCCCGGUUCUCGUCACGUUAAAGGUAAACAAUAUGAAAGAACUCAUUUGAAGGUAAGUCAAUUGUUGCAUAGAAGAAACGGGAUAAAUAGUUCAAAAUCUACAGUACGAAUGAAAUCCAAUAACGUGAUACCAAGUCGUCGGAUAAACUCUUCUUCGUUGACGAGUCUACAAGCUAAGGGGGAUUUAUUCGAGGAACCAUCGUCCAUCCCUUUAGAGACGCAGGAAUUGUUGAAUCAGAGUUAUUGGGAGUAUUAUUGGAGGCUCAGGCGUAAGAUGGCUAAUAAGCCGGAUAAUGCGGGAGAGAAUGAUAAACAACGAGAAUGUUUACCGGAAUCUCAAACCCUACAACAAUGUUCCGUGCUCUCUUGCAUGAUCAAUACGGCACUUCGAGAUUCGGCAGCUGCUGACGGCAGAUCAUCUUCGGAUCCAAUCCUUGCGACCUUUAACACACGCGAGAACGUUUGUCACGAAGCUUCCGGAUUGUCGUCUUUGUUUGCGAAGAAAGCGAAACGAAGGAAAACGAAGCGAGUGAGCAAACGGUUGCUCGGACUUAGAACUAUAGCCUUACUCGGUAUCACGAUAUACAUCGCGGUCAUAUUUCUGCCUAUGAUAUACGAUUAUUUCUUUGACGAGGAAUACGAGAACGAUUACGAGAAUGCGAAUUACAUCGGACUGGCGUUUCAGUACGUCACAUCGUCGUUCGGAGAAGCCUUCGAUGGAAUCGUCGAUGUCUUGAACACGGUCCUUUUACGUCCACGUCCCUGUGGAAAAUGUAACAACGUUAUUUGAAUCCAUCGCGCAUCCAUACAUCUUCAACAUGUUUCGUCACUUACGCUUAUUCCUUGCUCCCUGUUUACACGCGUCUAAUUUUUGCGUGUGAGUUAUGCGUUUUCUACAUCGAACUUAUUUUUAUAUCUUUCUAAUGAUAUUUCCUACACAUGCCUUCUUAUUGUGCGACAUGAGUGUUUAUAUACAUGUGAUUAUAUAUUUGCGAUUAAAUUUUUCUUCAGGAUUUAAAUCAAGCUUCGGCUCCUCAUCUCUGCCUCGCGUAGCAUCAUAAAUUUUCAUUUAAAUAUUUAAUUUGAAUAAAAUGAAAAGUGUAUAACAGCGAGAACAAGCAACAAGCAUAUAAUCUCGAUAUGUUGCGUGUAAUCAAGUCUCGUGUCAAGAAACGAAUAGCAAGGAGAAUUACAUUUAUAUUAUUUUAAAAUCGACAAGAAAAUACUUACGAAAAGUUAUAACCGCACAUUCUCCAAUUUGAAUCUCGAAACUGGAGUAAAAAAAAAUGCCUACCGUUUAUCAACACUGUAGAAACUUGCCAAUUAACACUUGUUAACGCGCUAUCUUUAUUAAUUUUCAAUAUAUCACUUUUGAAUGUAUUAUUGACGAUACAAUAAUAUCGAAAUAGGCUAUUUGAAAAUACACUCCGCUUUCGUGGAACUAGCAGUUGUCCACAGUUGGUAAUAUCAACUUGAUAUGUAGGUCAAUUUUUCGCGCAUGCGUAGUAACAGCCAUGUAUAAUGUGAAUGGCAUAGAUGCGAAAGUCUUGACUGACUCGGCGGAUGUCGAGAACAGAAUUAGAUAUAUUGUUCUAAUAUUCGUAUUUAAAUUUUUUUUGAUUCUAACGUUGCAAGAAAAAAGUUAUUUUGAGAAACAAAGAUAGAAAAAAGAUUUUUAAAAAAUUUUUUACGGGCGAUUGAAGGCGCACCUUUUCACAUUUGUAUUGAUACCGCGUUCAUUCGCGCAUGCGCGAAACAUCCUUCCGCCGUUAUCGACA